AUGGUGUGCGUUAUUCAGACCAACGUAUACAAAUACCUAUGUUUUGUGGUGGUUUCAUCAUCAUAUACUCAAAUUUCCGAAGUGCUUUCUAACUCUAACGCUACGGAUGUACAAGGUAACUCUGGUCUUGGUGAUUUCGCUGGCAAAGAUAAUGGCUAUUGUCGUGGCAUGCAGCGCAGUUUCUUCAAAAAGAACAUCUUCGAUUUCGCUUCCCCAGAGUUCAAUAAUAUUGGCUGGCAAGAUGUCCUCAAUGGAGAGCUGUUUUGCGAUGGCUUUAACGAUAAAGAAGAAUACUCUAAUCUUGGUUACAAUACCGAUUAUAAAAGUGGUUAUAACCUCUCUGCUGCUCCAGAUACGUCCCGACAACGUUAUCAAGAAUUGCAGGGAAAAAAGGCUACUGCUGGAAUGUCCGAUAGAGAGCUUAAUUUGUACUUUGCUUGGAAAGAGCAACAAGAGAAGUGGUACGAAGAAGGUAUUGGAAAUGACGCUAAUCUUUCCUCUUUCAAUAAUCCAGAAGCUCCUGCCUAUAAUUCCGAACAAGGUUCUAUGAUGAAUGUUAUAAAUAGCGUUCUUCAAGGUACUAUGCAAAUAGCAAGCUUUGCUAACAAUCUCCAAUCUUCCGAGGUUGAUAGAGAAUUAGUGCGUCAAAAGGCUAUAAGUCAAGGCUUGGAAAACUCCAAACAAAUGUACCUUCUUGGCUUCGGUUACGAUUACAAUAAUGGCGAAGUAAACAAAUAUAGUUCACAUGCUAUAGGACUCCCAGAGAAUUCACGUAAUGGAAAAGCAUUUUUCAAAAUGCAGGAUACUAUUCCAUAUUUGGCGGAUACACCUUUUGCACACUUGACUUCUGGGCAGAUAGCAAAUCUUCAGUCUAGCGGUGAGACUUGCUCCGCCUUAAGUGGUCUUCCUGCGGAUAAACAAAAGGAAUUUGAAGAAAAGGUAUGGCCUUAUGUUCAACAGCAAAUGCUUGGUACGGUUGAAUACAAUCCGAAAACAAUUCAAGCGAAUUUAUCCGAACGUAUUAAGAAACUUGGUAUGCCAGAUUGGUUGCUGAAAUCUGCCAGACUGCGCUUGAAGGAUUUAUACUUAUGUCUAACAUGA